CUAAAAUCCUAGAAAUGUUCCAAAAUCCUGGAAAUGUCAACAAAUGACCAAUUUAAGCAUAAUAGAUAAAAUCGGGUGAGGUAUUUGUGAAAACGCAGAGAAAAAAAUACUAAUGAAAGACAUUUUUAAUGUGUCGCUUCUUGUUUCCGCUCAGCAAAAACACGUGGAGGUGGAGAGGACGUCCAAGUGGCUGAAGAUGCUGAAGAGCUGGGACAAAUACAAGAACAGCGAGAAGCUGGUCAGGAGGGUCUAUAAAGGAAUUCCCCUGCAGCUCCGGGGGGAGGUGUGGAGUCUGCUGCUCGAUAUUCCCAAAAUAAAGGAGGAGAAGAAAGACUUCUACGAGAAACUCAAAGCCCGAGCCAGAGGACUCUCCCCGGACAUCCGUCAGAUUGACCUGGAUGUGAAUCGAACCUACAGGGACCACAUCAUGUUCAUGCAUCGCUACGAUGUCAAGCAGCAGGCUCUCUUCCACGUCCUCACAGCGUACUCCAUGUACAACACGGAGGUGGGCUACUGCCAGGGCAUGAGCCAGAUCACAGCUCUGCUGCUCAUCUACAUGAACGAGGAGGACGCCUUCUGGGCGCUGGUCAGACUGCUGUCGGGACAGAAGCACGCCAUGCACG